ACGAACCUGGUCUUUAAUCAUUAAAAGGCAGAAUAAUAUGACUCACAGUUCCUGAAGCAGUUUUCACUCUCAGUGUGGGGUGCUCGUGUAUUCUCACUUCUGAGCAAAGAUUGAGCACACACACACACACACACACACACACACACCUUUGUCACAGUCACAUCAGGAAGUGGAGCUUAGCGUGAAACGUAGACAUGUUUUGAGGUGAAGUGGAUUUCCCCACAACUGUCCGUGCAAGGAAACUACAACUAUGUAUCGACAGUUCUUCAUGCUUUUCAGUUUCUUUGAUUAGCUCUGAGAUGUUUCCUUCUCCAGCGUCGUUAUACGGUGUUCAGCCUGCACUAGAAAAGACCUAAACGCUUACUUCUACAGUGCUAACUGUUGCUGCUUUGCAGGUGGUCGGCUAAACCCAGUCACCUGAAGGACUCCUCUGUGCCAGAUUGGCUCAUUUUUACCUUAAAAGUGGCAACAAUGUCUCUGGAUUCGCAUGACAACUCACUGAACAUAAAUUUCCUGAAGGAAUCUGUGUUGAAAAGGCUCUGUGAGUCUCUUGAUAAAGCCAACAGUAAAGGAUGGCGAAAGCUUGGGGAGACUGUCAACAGUGACCGUCGCUUCAAAGUGAGUAUAGAUGAUAUGGAGAUGUGCUCUCUGAAGGUGCUGGAGGUGGAGGGCAGCCCCUCCCGCAGUCUGCUGAGGCUCAUGGGAGAUCGAGGCUGUACGCUGAGUAACCUGGUAGAGUUUCUGAAGAUGAUGGGACACAGUGAAGCCAUUCAGUGCCUUAAAUCAGGGAUUCAAAUCCUCGUCCAGCCUCAGUCUGUAGCUGUGAUCGCUGGACAAAGCAUUCGCCUCAGCUGCUAUGCUGCUGGAACCUCCACCGUACAGUACCAGUGGUUCAAGGCAAAAGAAGAGGUUCCUGGAAGUACCUCACCAGACCUCAUAGUGAGUCCUGUCCAGCUCCGAGAUGGUGGUUUCUAUAUCUGCAGGGUGAACUGCGGUGAAUCCUUUGAGUUUAGCCAUUGGGCUCAGGUGGACGUGCUUGAUGUUAUGCCAACAUAUGGGUUGAUGUCUCUUCCUUCUGAGGGACGCCUGAGGGUUGUGAUUCAGCCUAAGCCACAGUCCUUGCUGGUUGGAGAUGCUCUAUAUCUGGAAUGUGGGGCUGUGGGAAGGCCUCUGCCACACUACCAGUGGUACAGAAAUGGGGUUCCAGUUAAGAACGCCACCAAGAGGAAGUUCAGUAUCUCGUAUUUGUCAUUGGAGCACCAGGGAAGAUAUCGCUGUGAAAUCUGCUUCAACAACGAGCGGACAUGGAGUAAUGAAGUAGAUGUCCUCGUAGGGCCAAGGACAUCCUUCCAGUUUUCAGAGGCUACAGAAUGUUCUGAAGAUGACUUUGUUGCCUUUGGACCAAUGAACAGUCUCGAGAAGCCUUACGCCACAGACAAAGUGGCCCUCCUCAUUGGGAACAUGUCGUAUCAGAACCAUCCUCAGCUGAAGGCACCCAUGGUGGACGUGUAUGACCUCACGAACUUGCUUCGCCAGCUGAACUUUAAAGUGGUUUCCCUGCUGGACCUGACUGAGUCAGAGAUGCGCAAUGCAGUGGAGGAGUUCCUCUCCCUGCUGCACAAAGGCGUUUAUGGUUUGUUGUACUAUGCUGGACAUGGUUAUGAGAACUUUGGGAACAGCUUCAUGGUGCCUGUUGAUGCUCCAAACCCCUACCGCUCUGCCAACUGCUUAUGUGUGCAGAGCAUUCUGAAACUGAUGCAAGAAAAGGAGACUGGUCUCAAUGUCUUCCUGUUGGAUAUGUGCAGGAAAAGAAACUUUCAUGAUAAGGACAUGCCAAAUGUCAUGCUGAAAGUCACAGCCAACAUCGUGUUUGGAUAUGCCACGUGUCAAGAUGCUGAAGCUUUUGAGUUGAGCUCGAGUGGAUUCACUAAUGGCGUGUUUAUCAAGUUUCUGAAAGGGCGCCUCCUGGAGGAUGAAAAGAUCACUGUGCUCCUGGACAGAGUGGCAGAAGAUAUGGGCCAAUUUGACCCGACUAAAGGGAAGCAGGCUCUUGAAAUCCGCAGCAGCCUGUCAGAAAGACGCUCCCUGACUGACCCCAUCUUGCCUGGAGAUUGCUCAGACGUGGCCCAUGCACACAGCCUGCUCUGGGCUAAAGCACAUGAACUACCAGAGAGCAUGACACUAGACUUCGACUGCGGCGUGCAGAUAAAGAUGGGCUUUGCAGCAGAGUUCUCCAAUGUGCUGGUCAUUUACACCAGCAUCGUGAAAAAGCCAGAGGAGAUGUCCUCCUGUCAAGCUCACCUCAUUAACCUCUCUGAUCUGGACCCUAAACUGAUGAAUAAAGAGACCCCAGAAGAGACAGGGAGUUACCUGCUGUCAGGCAGUCUCCCCCAGCACUGCCUUUACACCAGACUAAGCUCCCUGCAGAAGCUCAAGGAGAAGCUGGUUUUCACCGUGUGUCUGCAGGCCGAAUUCACAUCUUUGGAUGAGCAAGUCCAGUGGACCAAGGAGGUGGACAUCGGGAAACCCCUUAUAGCCAAGCUGGACCUCCACCGGCCCACCAGGAGGAACAGCUGCCAGCAGACAUGCCACAUGCCCCACAGCCCCUGCACCAGCCCCAUCCCCAGCCCUGGAGCCGAGCAGCUACUGCUGCAGCAGAUCCCCUGUCUCCACCCACAGCACAGCAACCCCUACCUCAACGUCUAUGAGCCCUUGCAUGGCGCUGCUGGGGGCUAUGGGAACUCUCUGCAUGGUGAUUAUGCGUAUCACUAUGAGGAUACUCCAUAUUCACCUUACAUGCCACUACCUAGUGUGCCCAUUGAAACCACUGAUGACAUAGAAGAUGUGCAGAAUAAGUUCAUGAAUAGCUUACAUCUUUACAAUCAGCCUUGAAUAUGUAAUCAGGCAGUGGAACUGACAGACAGAACAUUGAGUCCCAAGCACUAUAUGGAAAAACGUUACAUCCUUUAGAUGAAAUUUAGAUCAUUUUAGGUUAUUCAGAGAUCACAACCAUGUUUUCUGCUGUGAAGAUACAUUUUGCACAGACAACAGGGAUUAUUAUACAGUAGUUAUAUGUUGUAUUGUUCUUAAUCAUUUUGAAUUGCCAAGAAUUUACAAUACUCACUUAUGCCGUUGUAUUACCUCCAUAUAUAUAAUAUAAUAAAAAAAUUGUAGUAUAUUAAAUAAAAUGUUUGGAAGGAUGACCGUUCCAGAA